GCGGCCAUUUUAGAACAAGAAACCGCAAAUUCUGGAAUCCCCAGUGAUUGAGGGGCUUCGAACUUCUCUGCUUUAUCUUCAAUCAGGGUUUGAGAAAUAAAAAAGCACAAAGCCUUCUCUUUUUCACUAAGAAAUGGAGUCUCUUACUAAACUACACUGCAGUCUUCAACCUCUGCAUCUCUCUUUCAAUCACCGCCGUCCGUCAUUUGCUAAACCCAUAUCAUCUUCUGUGUCUUUCAGGCCUUCAUCGUCAUCGUCACCGUUCAAAUUAACCUCCAUCAGAGCUUCAUCUUCCUCAUCAUCUUCAUCAGUUCCGCUCCAUCAAACCCCCAAACCUUCCCUCCUCCAAACGCUAGCCCCUCUACUCAAAACCACUUGCAUUACCAUAACUGCUACCGCCGCACUCCUGUUCAUGCGCUUCCACCAGAAACCCGCCCUCGCCGCCACCCCAACGGUAAUACCCACGGUAGAGCCUACCUCAACGGACUCGAAUGUCUCCUUAGAAGAUCAAGAGAAAACCAUUGAGGAACACUUGACUCAGUACCCAAAUGACGUUGAAGCUCUACAGUCACUCAUGGAGGUCCGAAUCAAAUCAAGAAAACUUCCACAAGCUAUCGAAGUUAUCGACCGUUUGAUUCAGCUCGAGCCCGAAGACACCGAAUGGCCAAUGUUAAGAGCCCAAAUUCAUAGCUACAGUGGCGAUUUCGAGCUAGCCAAGAACGAGUUCGAAGAGAUAUUAGCUAAAGACCCAGUUCGUGUCGAGGCUUUUCACGGCCUUGUAAUGGCUUAUUCGGAGUCGGGUCAAAAGUUGAAAGAGCUGGAAAAAAGAAUUGAAGGGGCGAUGGAGAAGUGCAAGAAAGAGAAGAAAAACAAAGAUUUUAGAGAUUUUAAGUUAUUAAUUGCACAAAUUCGGGUGAUUGAAGGGGACCAUUUGGAAGCUUUGAAGGUUUAUGAGGGUUUAGUUAAGGAAGAACCAAGGGAUUUUAGGCCAUAUUUGUGUAUGGGAAUUAUUUACUCUUUAAUGAAGAAGAAAGAUGAGGCUGAGAAGCAUUUUGAAAAGGUUAAGAAACUUGUUCCUAGGAAUCACCCUUAUAGAGAGUACUUUGUUGAUAACAUGGUGGCCACAAAGCUUUUCUCUGGAAGGGCUGAGAGGGAAGGCGCUUGAAAGAGUUGAGGCACAUUUGCUUUGCUUGAAUGAUGGUUUUUACAAAGAGGUGCCCUUUUUUGUUAUAUUUUUAAACAGUCACUUGGUUUUUUCCCCCUUUUUAGUUACCUUUCAAUGUUUUUGCAGCAAUUUGGAUAUUUGUUUAUAGUUAGGUCGGUAUUUAGUGCUGUAAUAUGCAUGGUGAUAAAAAGGCGUAAUCGAUAUAAUUGAGUUGGUUGUCUGAA